GAUCCACUCCUGAGCGAAUCGUAGGUGGUUAGGUGGAGAGCGAGAACAUAUGUAUAUACUGUUCGUUACGAAUUAUUGUCGUAAGGCUUACUUGUUUAUUGUACACAAUAUUGUAUGAAAGAUGGAUUGUAAUUGUAACUGUAGCUAAAAUAUUAGGCCUACUCCCGAAGUUCAACUGUGAAUUUAAAAAGGACAUUAAAAUGUAACACACAUAACACACGUAACACACAGAACACCUACAAAGUGGGAGGAUCAGUUGGAUAAUGGAACAACGAUUGGAAGGAUUGAAAGGAGGGGCUACGGAGAGGGGAAUGGAGGCUGGGAAAUGGGAAGGGGAGGUAAGGAAUUGGGUAUGCCAUAAGGAAAGUAGGAACAAGUCGGUCUUUUCCACUUGAGACUCGGAGCAAUCCAGACGUUUUUUCUACAAAGUGAAUAGAAGUGACAAUUUAGUCAGUUAUACAGUGGAGAAGAUUUUAUCCUCGCCUAGAUAUCCGCAAGAGUCAGGACCCAUUUGGUAUCAGCUAGGACCGUUUAGCGUCGCCAUACCUGCCUGCCGGUACGACGAUACCCGGUGAAGCACGUGGAGAGCCAUUUCUACGACCAGGCAUUUCCAAACCCUGAGCUGCUUCCUCCGUGAUAGUUACGCCCAACACCGACAUUGGGAGCCCGUUCCUCGAGCACGUUCUGCACGCUAAUACCCCUUCAAGCCAUCCCAUCUGCGACGGCGAGUGAGCAGCUAGCACCCGUUGAGAACCACCAGAGUGAUCCUUCCCGCCGGCCGGCCCCGCAUUACACACCCACACGUACACCCGUAAGUUAAUAAUAAACUGUGGAAAAUAGCUAAUAGUGUUUGGACUUCUGAUCAUCGCGAAGAGCCGACCCUGUGACCAAGAGUUUGGGAACCCCUGGUGGCCAGGCCUGUAAGGUCUAGUCCCCAGCGAGCGUCUCGGGAUUAUCCCCUUUGAGCGUAACAAUUGGCGCCCAGCUUAAAGAAACGCGAUACUGAUCAGAAGUCCAAAGGGAGUGAGAUAGGUUAGGGAGAAGAUUGCCUAUACGAUAAGCGACAAACAACCAAAAUUUGCUCGGAGUGGUGAAUAGGUAGGGUAUUUGAUCUGUGUAGUGCGAGCCACGCUUUCUGCGGAGAUUACUGCGAGAGCUGUGCUUCUACUAGUGCGCGAACGUCGUUUAGAGUAUUUAAUUCGAUACAAAGUGUACUAAAUAGGUAGUUGCACGCGAACAAAUUCUAGGUUAUUUUUCAAUUUUCUUUUCAUUAAUGGGUCUUGACUCAACCAAGCUCAACUAGCUAAUUUAACAAAUUUCGAUGACCGAUAUCUCUCGGUCCUGUGAGAAUUCACAAGCGUUAUAUCAUUGGCAGUGUGAUUGUGGUAGAAGAGCCGUGCAAUGGAUUUGCAGACGGCCUACCGAAAUAUUGAUGUGUCUCACCUUGCGAUAGACGAGGUUGAGCACGAACUCUUGAUCAGGAACAUGCUUUUCCAUUUCGAUGACCAUGAUAGUGUGAAGCGACGAAAGUUAAAAGAUAGGAUGAAAGAGGAACGAAGUAGGGGUAUCAACUCUACGGCCUUCGCUAGGACGUGGAGAACUGCCCAGGAAGAGAUUGAGAUAGUGAGAUCCCGAAUUCGGGUCAUUCGCGGAAUAUAUGAGAAUCCCAAAGCCGAUGCGAGGCAAAGACAGAAAUUGAGAACCCGCGUGGUUCACUACCGUGUGAGGAUUAAUCAGCUAGCGAGAGCAACCGACGCUCGGAAAUAUUUGGCAGAGAUUAGUGACAUCGAAAACCAGAUAGACGAGAUCAUGACCAAUUAUUUUGAUUUACCGAACCUAGUCAGCGAUACAACUAAGGAAAUCCCGUUGGAAGAGAAAAUAUCCGAAGUUUUAGGAGAGGUACGCACCGAGAUCGCAACCCUGAACGAUACGGUUGCUACUCUCGAAGGUGGGGAUGAUGGGGGAGAGUUAGAUCAGGCAUGUGGAGGGGCGACGAAUACAACAUCGCGGAGAAUGCAUGAAAUGGAACUUUCGAAGAAACGAACUGAUGAAAUUAUGGAAAAACUGAAUGAAUACGAACCAGGAAAAGAGAAGGAUUUCGAACAUUUGAUCUCUGCAUUCAAAGAUUUUGUUGUUCAUACAUCAGAGCAGCAGAGGCUCAAACGAGAGCAAGAAAUACUUGCAGAACAACAAAGGAUAAAAGAAAUGGCAUCUCAUAUAAAAAGGAAACAGAAUCUGGAAAAACUUUUGAGUGAAUUGAAUGAGAAUUUGAAACAAUCCAAGAAUGACUCCACUCCAGUGCUGGAUACAGACCAUGCGUCUCCAUCAGAUCAAUCAACGUCAUCUGAAAGUGAAUGUGAAAUUGAACCCAGAAUUGAACCACCAAAAACCCAUGAGAAAUUCGCAGCUUCUUCUAGCAAGCCUAGAAAAGCUUCCGACGAUGAAAGAAAGAGUAGAAAGAAAGUAGAAUUUCCCGAGGACUUAGUGAGCUCCAAGGAUAGCUCUGACGAAGAUGAUCAAUCGAUCGGAAAGGGAAAGAAAAGGAGGGGUCUGAAAAGUUCACAACGGAAAAGAGAUAACGGAAGGUCAGAAAUUAAGAAGAGAAAGAAGAAAGUAAGAAGCUCCACUUCGUCUGAACAAACUCUCUCUUCUGAUUCCUCUGAGAGUACAGAAUCUUCGAGUUUGAGUUCUAGCACCUAUACAAGCUCAACCGAAGAGGAAAGGAGGAAAAAGAAGAGGUCAAAGAGGAAGCAUAAGAAGAGUAGGAAGGCAAUUAAGAGAAUCCCAGUAGCUGAGUGGAGGCUAAAAUAUGAUGGUAAGGACGAAGGGCGGAAAUUGGCUGAAUUCUUGAAGGAAGUCAAAAUGCGGUGUCGAUCCGAAGACAUUUCAGAUAGGGAGCUGUUUCGCUCAGCGCUUCAUUUGUUUAGCGGUCGUGCCAAAGAUUGGUACAUCGAUGGUAUUGACAAUGGGGAUUUUAAGAAUUGGCCGGAGUUAAAGAAGGAAUUAAAACGCGAGUUUCUACCACCCGAUCUUGACUUCCAACUUGAGAUUCAGGCUACCAGUCGACGCCAAACCCGAGGUGAAAAAUUCUCAGAUUAUUUCCACGACAUGCAGAAAAUCUUUCAGUCGAUGACAAAACAGUUGUCGGAGAGAAGAAAGUUUGAUUUAAUCUGGCGUAAUAUGCGCCACGAUUACAAAAAUGCUUUGACUGGUGCAGGGAUCAGGUCCCUGAGCAAAUUGAAAAAGUAUGGCAGGAAAAUUGAUGAAAAUUUCAGUUUCCUCCAGAAAACAAAUGAAAAUCGUUCACGGAAUAACCAGGUUGGUGAAAUUACGUCGAACAGAGAGAAAGGCAAUACUGGCAACUCUGGAAAUAAUACCCGAAUUUUCACCAAUAGCAAACAUCAAUCCUCCAGACCAAAGAACCCAGGAGAGGGAAAGAGAGAAGGAAAGGGAGAGGCGGACAAGGUAGGGAAAGAAAGUGAUAAGGGAAGAGUGGACCAGAAGCUACCUCCUAUGGAAGGGUCUUCUACUGGUACGAUGCAGGCAUUAGUCGAGCGAUAUAGGAGACCACCUAUUGGCACUUGCUAUAAUUGCCGGACACACGGACACCACUAUGUCGAGUGUUCCGAGCCGAAGAGCAAAUUUUGUCAUGUUUGCGGUUUUCUGGACGUAUUUACUAGUAUGUGUCCCGUUUGCCAAAAAAACAGCAAAGGAUCAGCUUGAGGAGGCAAGUUGAUUCCGAUCACGAAAACCCUCCCAAUUCGAACCAAAUUGUACAACAACUAACUUCGUGCGGCUUCGAGCCAAUUUCAGCUACCGAUUAUGACUCAGAACACGAUCUAAAUGAAAUUUUCGUCCAUGUCCAGGGAGAUGGCAGGCCUUUUGCAAAGGUAAAUGUUUUGGGAGUAGAAAUACUCGGCCUUUUGGAUAGCGGGGCCCAGAGAUCGGUGUUGGGAACCGGCUCCGAAAAGCUGAUCAAGGCUUUAAAAUUGAAAAUCUAUCCUACUCCUGCUUCAGUGAAAACC